AACCAAACCAGUCUAAGAGCGAUAUCUCGUUAAGAUACUUUAUCUUGCAAAUAGCAGUAGUAGUACUUAAUUUGGCUCGAGUCAAGGUUAGAACGUAAUCGGUCCGCUUAUGUUAUUAUUCAAAUGUUGUUUAUCCUUAGGCGGUAGUCACGGCAUCCAGUUCUUGUAUAAUGAAUUUGUCACAAUUCUGGUGAAUUGAAUUUUUAUGCGGGAAAUCCCGGCUACACAUAUUUAUCGUGACGUCUGCGUCUCUUUACUUCUUUUUCUUGUUGAUAAAAUUUAAUUCUUAACAGUGCAGUGCUUACAAGGCAAUGAAGCUAUUAUCACUACUAAUCUUCACAGUAGGAAUCGUUUAUGGUCAGGACGAUUUAGAAAAGGCGAUAAGUGACAUUUAUGGAGAUUCCAAGAACGUUUCAAGAAAUCCAUUUGAAAAUUUAGUAGAAGUGACAUCUCCGCCGCCUGGAAGCAUAACAGCUUUGGAAAGAUGCGGAGAAGGUAGCGACGAAGGCAUUCAUAUGUGCGUGGAAUAUUUUAGAUGCGAUGGAGUUACGAAAAUGAUUAUAAAAGAAGGACGAACAGAUGGUUUUGGUCUCAUCGAUAUCAGAUUUGGCCAAAACUCUUGCGAUCACCCUUUGGACGUUUGUUGUGGAAUUCCGAGAGACCCUGGAACAAGAGAACCAUCAGUUUCUCCAAGUCCUCCGCCUGUGAAUCCCUCAACAGCUUCCACUACAUCCACAACAAGCGCUCCACCUACUCCAGUUACGCCAAGACCCAGUUCGGUACAGUGUGGAAUACGUAACAACAAUGGGAUCGAUUUUAAGAUUACAGGAGACAAAGAUAACGAAGCUGAAUAUGGAGAAUUUCCGUGGAUGGUUGCUAUUUUAAAAACAAACUACAACCCUAGUGUGGACAAAACUUUAGCCAUUUGUGGUGGAUCCCUCAUUGCUCUUAAUGUUGUCUUGACAGGUGCACAUUGUGUGGCUAAGCUCAACACUGCAGAAUACAAAGUUCGAGCUGGUGAAUGGGAUACCCAAACUGAAAAGGAAAGACUACCCUAUCAAGAACGAACGGUGUCUCAAGUCAUUAUUCACAGCGAUUUUAAUCCCCAAGUUUUGACCAACAACGUAGCUUUACUUAUAUUGUCUAGUCCAUUUGAUCAGGCUGAUCAUAUCGGUACAAUAUGUUUGCCAAGACAAAAUGAGGUUUCCUCAUCCAGAAAUUGCUUGGCUAGUGGCUGGGGAAAAGAUAUUUUUGGAAAAGAAGGAAACUUUCAAGUUAUAUUAAAGAAAAUUGAGCUGCCAAUGGUAGAGAGGACUGCCUGUCAACAAGCUUUAAGGAAAACGCGGUUAGGACCGGAGUUCAACUUACACAGAAGUUUUGUGUGCGCUGGCGGUGAAGCUGGCAAAGAUACUUGCACGGGUGACGGAGGUAGUCCUUUGGUGUGUCCGGAUCCCAGAAUUCCUGGAAGAUAUGUCCAGACAGGUGUCGUCUCCUGGGGCAUCGGCUGCGGAGAAGAAAACAUACCCGGAGUGUAUGCGAAUGUCGCGUAUUUUAGAAAUUGGGUAGAUGAUAAAUUGGCAGGACUGAAUAUUAAAGUUGAUACGCUUUAAAAUAUAAAUAUUAUGUUAUUUAAUAAAAUUAUUAUAAGAUCA